GUGGAGCCAAGCCCCUUAACUGUUUUGGUAGUUCUGAUAGCUGGCUUCAAUUUCAAGACCACACGACAAUAAUCUGACCACCCCAUCAGCAUAGCUAGGCACGGUACGAUACGGCAAGGCACGGCGCAAAAAUGGUGUCGUCUACAAUAAACCCGAGGGCCGUUCUCGGUAUUUUCUUCGUUCUGUUUACCUCAUUGAGCUCGGCCCUGAAAUUCGAGCUCGCCGCUCAACAACACAGUAACGAGCGAUGCAUCCGCAACUUCGUCUCUGCCGGACAGCUUGUGGUCGUAACGGCAAUUGUUUCGGGGACAAAAGGAGAUGGCCAAGUUGUUAAUAUGCAUAUCAAAGAUGCGCUCGGAAACGAUUACAGUCGUCCCAAGGAUGUUGUUGGCGAGAAUCGCCAGACUUUGACGCCCUCCGAAGACACAGCGUUUGAUGUGUGUUUCGAGAAUCUGAUUUCCGAUUCGCGCCGCGCCGGAAACAAACCCAUCCGCGAAGUUGAGUUAGAUAUUGAAAUCGGUGCCGACGCGCGGGACUGGUCAAGCGUUCAGGCCGCCGAGAAGCUGAAGCCAGUGGAAACCGACCUUCGACGGAUCGAGGAGGUGGUUGCGGAAAUCGUCACUGAGAUGGAAUACCUCCGGCAGCGCGAGCAGAAGCUGCGCGACACCAACGAAUCGACCAAUGAGCGUGUGAAGUGGUUUGCGUUUGGCACAAUGGGGAUGUUGGUUGGGUUGGGUGCUUGGCAGGUUGUUUACUUGCGGGCUUAUUUCAGAUCCAAGCAUCUCAUUUAAAACAAUUGCACGUCAUGGAAUGGCAUUGUUGUAUUACCUCUUAUCUUAUGACUUGGUUGUUUCGAUUAGGGUGUCAAGCGCAUAUUUACUUAUUUUUAAACAACUUCUUUAUUUCUGCUAGGGUCUGGAUGGUUGAAGCGAAUAGCAUAUCAUAUACACAACGUAUCACGACUCGCAGGAAACACAUCGAUAUGGAUUGAUGAUGGUUUCCGGUGGCAGUGGUGGUAGCGACGAAUUAAAAGAUUAUAAGUUUAUAUUAUUGCUCUACCAGUAGUUACACUGACGAAUCAUCUAUUAUUCGUUCCAUUUACUGUGGUUGUCAAUUACAUAUCAAUUGAUCAGUGCAACAUCAACAAUUGAUAUGUACUAG